AUGGGCUUUCACAAGAUUCUGGUCGUCGUGCUGUUUGUAGCCGGUCUUCAAUUGUCCGAAGGCCUUCGAUAUACGUAUCAUGGCGAAUAUGAUGAUCCAUUUGUGUUGAUGGAUGAUCAUUAUAGUUAUGCUGGCCUCAUUACUUAUCCCGGAUUCGACGAUCAGUUCUCGCCUGGAGCUCAAGUCAACUAUCAAGGAGAGCGCAAGAUUGUAAGGGUUUGUGUUAUGAUUAGGUGGGUAAGGUAAGGCUGGUUGGGUAGAGGAGAAGAGGGUAGAGUGGAGUAGGGUGUUGUAAGAUACGGUAGGGUAGAGUGAGGUAGGGUAGUGUAAGAUAGGGUAGGGUGGAGUGAUGGAUUAAAGCUUGGCAAAGCAGGAUAAGGUAGGGUAGGGUAACUACAAGGAGAGCACAAGAUUUUAAGGGUUUGUGUUAUGAUUAGGUGAGUAAGGUAAGGCUGGUUGGGUAGAGAAGAAGAGGGUAGGGUAGAGUGGAGUAGGGUAGGGUAGGGCAAGGUUUGGUAUUGUAGUGUAGGAUAUGGUAAGACAGUGUAAGGUAAGAUAAGGUAUGGUAUCUUUAUUAGCAUAUAUCUUAAGGUUACUGUACUCUUAUUUAGAUAGUCAAAAUGUGGUUUCAACGCCUUUGGCUUUGGAGAGAAAGUCACUGUGCUCCACGACUGGCGGAUGUCAAUGGGUUCUUCAGAUACAUGUGCUAUGAGUAAGAUUUUAUAAAGAAAAACUUGGUUUUCUUGCUUUUUUAACUUUUUUUCAAUAUGAUAGAUCGUAUUUUACUAAAUUUUUUUUUCAAACUUUUUUUAAAAUUUUUAUUAAAUUUUUAUUUUCAGCGAAGCUUGGGGUUGGCCUGACCUGGAAAUGUAAGUCGAUUUUUUAAAAAAUAUUUUUAAAUUUUAAAAAUUUUUAAUUUUUUUAAAGUUUAAAUUAAAACUGAAUUUUUAGUAUCCACUACUUCGAUGGAGUCUGCCGUUCUAAAAUCUUUGACUUGGAGCGCGCGCAUUAUGAUCAUGAUCUCUACAUUAACAUUGGUCCUGACGACGAGACGGUAGACGAUGAACAAUGCUCCAACUUGAUCUAUUAA